CUUUAGCAGGUGUUGACUGUUCACUGGGCUAAAAUGGCCAGAUAAACCCCAAUAAGUGCUACAAUAGAAACAAUAAAUUUGCUCUAGUGCUUCCUCCACCAUGACUUUGUGGGUGAGCCACUUGCUAGUCUUGUUUUCAGUAUAAAGCAAUGGAGUUCUAAGUGAUCAUACAUUGUAGUGUAGAGAUGGAAGCUCCAAUGAAGUACAUUUGUGUUCUUGGAUUUCUUUUGUUUCUGGGCAUUACUAAUUUCGAUGGAGUCGGUGGUGCUGGGGAGUGUGGAAAAUCUUCCCCGGAUGCAGAAGCUUUGAAAUUGGCUCCAUGUGGACCAGCAGCAAUGGAUGCGAAUGCUACGCCUUCCAGUACUUGCUGCCUUAUGGUGAAGAAAUUGGACCAGAACCCUCCCUGCCUCUGCGCUGUUAUGCUUUCUAACACUGCUAAAAUUUCCGGUGUCAAGCCUGAAGUCGCCAUGACCAUUUCCAAGCGUUGUAACAUUGCUGAUCGUCCUAUUGGUUAUAAGUGUGGAGCUUAUACCUUACCUUGAAGACUGAAGACUAGAAGUCAUCUCUUCUUGUGGAUAUGGCAUACAGAGUAACCAGUGUGUUGUUAGUCUUGCUAGAGUUGUGUUAUCCUAGCAAGUGUAUCGUGCUAAUAAAGUUACUGUCAUAUCCAAACUUUUGUGAUUAAAAAUAAAAUUGUCGUUGUAAUAAGAGAUGCUUCUUGUUGCGUCGAUGAUGGAUUCAGUAUA